UGAACAUCACCACAGUCCUGGCUGGACUGUCUUGCUUCAGAGCUUCUACUUGUUGCGGGCCGGUUGAGAAGGACUCUGGGAGACACAAACUACACAAUGGAGGCAGUGGCCUUUGAGGAUGUGGCUGUGAUCUUCACCAGGGAGGAGUGGGUUUUGCUGGAUCCUUCCCAGAAGAAGCUCUACAGAGAUGUGAUGUGGGAAACCUUUAGGAAUGUGUCUGCUGUAGAAAGAAACUGCGAUGAACAGAAAAUUGAAGAUGAAUGCAGAUGUUGCAGGAUUAACCUAAGAGGUAAGAAGAUAGAAAAAUGGCAUGUAUGUGAAUUACGGUAUCAAUAUGAAGAAAUGGUUUUUUGGUCUCCAGAUGGUAAUGUAUAUAUAAAAGGAAUCAGUACAAACUUAAGUGAAUUCCUUGCCUGUGGAAAGUCCCUGAUUGGUUACUCAUCAGCAAAUAUGCCCAGCAUAGCUAACAUUGAACUUAAAACUUGUGAGUGUCAGGGAUUUCAGAAAAGGCCAUCUAACUGUAGCAAACAUAGGGAAGUCUGCACUGAAUUACAGUCCUUUCAGAAACAUGCUAAGACAACUACUGGAGAGAAAGCCUAUGAAUAUAAGGAGUGUGGAAAGUCCUAUUCUGAGUACACUGAAGGAACUAACAUAGAAGAGAAGUCCUUUGAAUAUAAGCAAGAUAUGAAAGCAUUUAGUACACUGAACUGUGUUCAGACCCAAAAAAGACCUCACAGUGGAAUGGAUACACAUAUAUGUAUACAGAGUACAACAGGUUUUAAUUCUCAUCAUGAUGUUCAGAAACAUGAAAGAGUUCACACUGGAGAAAAACACUCUGUGUGUAAGUACAAUGAAAAAUCCCUAACUAAUAACUCUUCAUUUUGUAACCUUGAAAGAGGAGAAACUGGAGAGAAGUGUUACAUGUGCAAGCAAUGUGGGAAGGCUUUCAGUAGACAGACUGAUUACAAAAGACAUGAAAGGACUCAUUCUGGAGUGAAAUCCUACAUAUGUAAGCAAUGUGGGAAAGCAUUUCGCACAAAAUUUAAUUGUGAAAAUCAUGAAAAAAUUCACUCUGGGGAGAAACCCUAUGUAUGUAAGCAAUGUGGGAAAGCUUUUGUCACACAAUUCAGUUGUCAAAUUCAUGAAAGAACUCACACUGGGGAGAAACCCUAUGUAUGUGAUCAAUGCAGGAAACGUUUUAGGAGACACAUUCAUUUUCUAGUACAUGUAAGAACUCACACUGGAGAGAAACCCUAUGUAUGCAAGCAAUGUGAGAAAGCAUUCAUCACAAAAGAUAAUUGUGAAAGACAUGAAAAGACUCACACUGAAGGAAAAUAUUACGUAUGUAAGCACUGUGGAAAAGCUUUUAGCACACAAUUUAUUUGUCAAAAUCAUGAAAGCAUUCACAGUGGAGAAAAGCCCUAUGUAUGUGUGCAUUGUGGGAAAGCCUUCAGCACACAAUCGAGUUGUCAAAAUCAUGAAAGAAUUCACAGUAAGGAGAAAUGCUAUAAAUGUAAACAAUGUGGAAAAGCAUUCAGCACACAAUCUAAUUGUCAAAAUCAUGAAAGAAUUCACACUGGGGAAAAACCCUAUGUAUGUAAGCAAUGUGGGAAAUCAUUUAUUACACAGGUAACUUGUCAAGUUCAUGAAAAAACUCACACUGGAGAAAAACCUUAUGUAUGUAAGCAGUGUGGGAAAGGAUUUAUCACACGUAGUAAUUGUCAGAUACAUGAAAGAAAACACACUGGGGAGAAACCCUAUGUGUGUAAACACUGUGGAAAAUCUUUCAGCAUACAUGGCAACUGUAAAAGACAUGAAAGAAUUCACACUGGAGAGAAACCUUAUGUUUGUACACAAUGUGGGAAAGCUUUUGGCACAUACAGUCAAUGUAAAACACAUGAAAGGAUUCACUCUGGUGAGAAGCCCUAUGUAUGUAAGCAAUGUGGGAAAUCAUUUAGUGCAUACAGUCAUCGUAAAAUACACGAAAGAAUUCAUACUGGAGAGAAACCUUACACAUGUAAACAUUGCGGGAAAGCUUUCACUACACAGAGUUAUUGUCAAAUUCAUGAAAGAAUUCAUACUGGGGAGAAACCCUAUACAUGUGAUCAAUGUGGGAAAGCUUUCUGCAGACGCAGUGAUUUUCAAGUACAUGUAAGAAUUCACACUGGAGAGAAACCAUAUGUGUGUAAGCAUUGUGGGAAAGCAUUCAUCAGAAGAGAUAGUUGUAAAAGUCAUGAAAAAACUCACACGACAGAGAAACCCUAUGUAUGAAACUUAUGUGAUAAAGAUUUCCCCACCCAGAGUAACUGUCAAAAUCAUGAAAUAACUCACAAUUCUUGGAUAGUAUAUCUGAAAGGAUAUGGAAAAGUUUUGAACACAUAGUAAUUAGGAAAUACCUGACCAUCUACACUAGAAAUAUUUUUUUUUGGGCGGGGGGCACCAGAGAUUGAAUUCAAACCUUACACUUACCAGGCAGGCUUUUAUGCUUCUGAGCUAUCUCCCUGGCCCUGAGAAAUUAUAUAGUCAUUGUUGGGUUACAUUCUUUACAUUCUAAUGUCAUCAAUUAUAUGAAACAAUUGCAUUGAAUAAUGUAUAGCAAACAUUGUAGCAAUCAAUAUGUAGCA